CUACACGCAGAGUUCUUUCUGUAAGCACGCCUAUAGCUGUAUUGUAAUUCGUAUAAGCAACUAUGAAUUCGUCAUUGCAUCCAAACGUGUCCAGUGCCGCAGUAGUGGCCGUGAUGCUCGCCGCAGUCAUCGUCGUCGCCGAAAUCGCGGGGGCGAAAGCGGCCGCGGCUCCGCAACUGCCACAGUCGGUGCGUCUGCAGACGGCUCAGGCCGGACCGGAAGUCAGGGGAUACGCGGCCGCCUACGGUUACGGCGGCGUCCAAGUGCCGGUGAACGUCCACGCCGCGGCCGUCGUCGGCAAGUCGGUGUACCUGCAGCAACACCACCAGCAGCAACAGCAACAGCAACAGUACUACGCGGACGGGCCACCGCCGGCGGUGGUGGUCGGUUACGCGCCGUCGGCCGUCUACAAACCGGACCUGUCGGCGUACGCGUACGGCGCGUCGCCGCACGUGGAACAACUGCGCCGGUUCGACCCGGUGGUCCGGCCGGUGCACACGGUGGUGCCGAAGGUGACGGCCGUCGAGCCGUCGGUGACCGUCCACAAGACGUACGUGGACGUGCCCGUGCUGCACGAUCACCGGUUACCGUACGUCGCUGCGGGGCCGACCGCGGUGGUGCAGGCGGACUACGCGUCGCCGUACUACAACUAUCAGGUGGUCGACCGAUGAGCGGACCAAAAAACGAAAACGAAAUUUACUGUAUUUUCUCGUGAACGUUUAUUAUUUUAAUGAUAUUGUAUGUUUUAUAAAUAUUAUAUAUAUUAUAUUAUAUUA